AUGAGUGAAGUAAUUGAUUCAAAUCCAACAACGGAAAGACUUCCUAGACCGGUUGAAAGCGAAGAGGAACGCGCAGAAAGAUUGGCUAAGCAAGAGGAAAUUGAUAGUCGAUCAAUUUAUGUAGGGAAUGUCGAUUAUACAUCAACCCCUGAACAAUUGGAAUCAUUUUUCAAUAAAGCUGGAAUUAUUGAAAGAAUUACAAUUUUAUUUGACAAGUAUUCUGGAGCACCUAAAGGGUAUGCAUAUGUGGAAUUUGAUACAAAGGAAGGGGUAUCUAAGGCAAUUGUAGAAUUACAUGGUAAAGAAUUUCGCGGACGUGAAUUAAGAGUUACUCCCAAAAGAACAAAUUUACCAGGGUUCAGAGUAAGAGGGGGUACUAGAGGACGUGGACCAAGAGGAAGAGCGAGAGGACGUGGUCGUGGUGGUCGUGGUGGAAGAGGAAACCGAGGUUGGAGUUCUGGAAAUAAUGGAGGUGAUUCUAAUACUAAUGUUGAUACAUCCCUCGACAAUUAA